AUGGCUAAAAGGCUAAAUCCAAGGCAGGCCCACUGGGCGCUAUUCUUCACUCACUUCAAAUUCUCCAUCUCGUAUCGCUCAGGGGCCAAAAACAUCAAGGCCGACGCCCUGUCCUGGUGUCACGCCCCUGAGGAAAGCCUGGAAGAACCUGAAACGAUGCUUCCUGAGAAGGUGAUUGAUGGCUAUUAUGCCAAGCUGAAAGACCCAAACUCCAGCGGAGGAAGCUUCUUCGCUGUAUGUAGAGGAAAGUCAAGCGAAGGGUUGGAUUUUGCUGACACGUACUGUCGAGGUGUUGUUGUCACUGGACUUCCCUUCCCCCCGAUGAUGGACCCCAGGGUGGUGCUUAAAAUGCAGUAUCUGGACGAGAUGUGCAAAAAUAACAUUAGUGGAGUGAAGUAUCUGUCCAGGCAGGAGUGGUACAGACAGCAGGCCUAUCGCGCUGUGAAUCAAGCCAUUGGCAGAGUGAUCCGCCACAGAGAAGACUACGGAGCCAUCUUCCUCUGUGAUCACAGGUUCAGGGGCUUCGAAGCCCGUAAUCAGCUUCCUCCUUGGAUGAGGCCAUAUGUUAAAAUUUAUGAUAACUUCGGUACCAUGGUCCGUGAUGUGGUUCAUUUCUUUCGGACGGCGCAGAAAACAAGACCAGUUCCUGUUAGGAAAGGAAAAGCAGAGAGCAGUGAGAAGCAGGCAGACACCAGGCCGCUCAACAGAGGCUCCGGCUGUCCUCAUAAGAGUGUCUGGCUCACUGACACAUCUCGAAAAGCCAAACAAGUAGACUCCCACGUCCCCAGCCUAAAAAGGAAAAAAUUAGAGUCAGAAGAGCAGUCUGGAAGUGAUGGGGAUGCCCAAAUUUUCAUUCAAUAUGAGAUGGACAUUGACAGAAAACCAGUCAGUCUGCUGGACGUCCCUGAUGACACAACCAACAAAGUGAGGGAAGACACCAUGGUUGGGGAAGAAAGGCAUGACAAACGUCUGGAUCGUGAAUCAAGAGUUGGGAAACGGAAAAUUAAAGUGUUUCAACAGCGGAAAACAACGAAUUCCUGUACUGAAAAAACAGGCAAUGCUUUCAUUGUGGAGCUGAGACGAUGCCUGAGUCAUGAGAACUUUAUUCAUCGUGGAGGCGUUACAGUGGUACAAGACAACCGAUGACCUGAGUAACUUUCUGGUUAAUGUGCUUGAACCGCUCGUUCGAGACACACACGGAUUGCUCAGAGGUGCGGAAUCUCAUCAUAUCCUUAUUAUUUUCCGCGUGUUCUCUCUGUACUUAUGAUUCUUUACAGCCUUUAACCACUGCCUACAAUGGGGUGGAUUGUUCACUGGAAACCGAAAGUAACUCACUCCUGCUAAACAUUUACUCUUUGAAAUAUUACACCCGGGAGGGAACAAUACAAGUUGACACCAUUAUGACUAAAAGUUUGCUAAAAAGUAUUAUCUACUAAAGCAAGGUGCUAUUUGACUCUGGUCAAGCGUAACCAUAGCAGAAUGGUGGGAGUGGCCUUAGAUGGCAACAUGCCUAGUGCAUUAUGGGUGUUGAAGGUUUCCUACCUAUUUGGCUAGAGGGAAGACAACAGAAUUUUUUAUUUUUUAAUCUAGUAGUAUCUAGUUUUAUCUUUUAUCUUAUUUAGCACCGAUUAAAAAAAAAAAAAUGUGUUCCUUUUUUUUCUACUGCAUAGUACAACUUAUAAUAAUAUAUCUACUAACAUACUUUUAAAUACCUUCAAUUAUAUUUAAUUGUGACUGUAUAAAAAAAGGCAGUUAAAGGCAGGGUAGGCAGGUUUUUUUUCCUACUUUUUUCCCAAAUUUGUUUAAACUGUCUUUAUAUACCAAUACAUAAUUAAAAUGUUAGUACUCUGAAAAGGAGAGUAUAAAAAUUGUGUGUCUGUAGUCCUCUCGGGGCUGCAAUAAACACAGCUACUAAAUAUGAUUGGCUGGGCGACUGUCACUCUCCCUCGCUACCAUGGCUACCACCCCUGCUGCUACAGGAGCUGCCCACAUGCGCGCACCCGCAAGAGGGGAAGAGGCAUGGAAGCUAGGAAGAAAGUAACUAAAAAUAGAGCUAUAUAGUUUAUAAUUGUUAAUUAUAACUUACAAUUAUAAUAUUAUAAUUCUACAGAAUUUCUUUUUUUUUUUUUACAUAUAAAUGUUCAAGCAAUAUGCAAACUAUCAAUGUAAGAAAUUUAUACAUUUUUCGAAAUACAUAACAUUUCAAAGAAUCUUUACAGAAAGACAUACUGUUGUGCCUAUAUGGUCAAAAACAUCACUGUUUUAAUAGUUGGUGCUAAAUGCUUUAGUCUUCAUACCUACAGCAAGCAAGCCAAAGGCAACAGUGGGAAAUAAAGAAAAAUCUGUAAGAUGCCGAUACUAGAGUAAAAAUACCUUUGGAGAAACCAGACUAACCAAAAACACAGAGGACCAGUUCUCGUAUAUUCAGUCUGAACAUUUGGUACAAUGUCAAUGGUAGUUAACAUUGUUACUGCAUUGAUUCAGCUGUAAGGU